AUGCGGGGACUCUGCAAAGUCAUUAUUUGUUCAUUUCUUGCAGGAGAGAAUUUUGACCAGAGUCCCUUAAGAAGAACAUUCAAGUCCAAAGUUUUGGCCCAUUAUCCUCAGAACAUCGAGUGGAAUCCCUUUGACCAGGAUGCUGUCAACAUGCUGUGUAUGCCCAAAGGGCUCUCUUUCAGGACACAGGCAGAUAACAGAGAUCCGCAGCUCCAUUCGUUCAUCAUCACCAGAGAAGAUGGCUCUCGUACGUACGGCUUUGUGCUCACCUUCUAUGAGGAGGUCACCAGCAAGCAGAUCUGCACAGCCAUGCAAACACUUUACCAGAUGCACAAUGCAGAGCAAUACAGCAGCGUCUGCGCCUCCUCCUCAUGUAGCAUGGACUCCUUGGCCAGCAGCACUGACGAGGGCGAUGCCACUUCCCUCGCCAAGCUCCAGCGGUACAACUCCUAUGACAUCAGCAGAGACACGCUGUACGUCUCCAAAUGCAUAUGUCUCAUCACCCCUCUGCCCUUCAUGCAAGCCUGCAAGAAGUUCCUGAUCCAGCUCUACAAGGCAGUGACCUCCCAGCAGCCACCGCCUCUGCCCUUGGAGAGCUACAUCCACAACAUCCUCUACGAGGUGCCCCUGCCACCCCCAGGGAGGUCACUGAAGUUUUAUGGGGUUUAUGAGCCCAUCAUUUGCCAGAGACCUGGGCCCAAUGAGCUGCCUCUGUCUGACUACCCUCUGCGGGAGGUCUUUGAGCUGCUGGGACUGGAGAACCUGGUCCAGGUCUUCACCUGUGUUCUUCUGGAGAUGCAGAUCCUUCUGUACUCACAAGAUUAUCAGCGUCUGAUGACAGUGGCAGAGGGGAUCACAACGCUGCUGUUCCCAUUUCAGUGGCAGCACGUGUACGUCCCCAUCCUUCCUGCCUCUCUCCUGCAUUUUCUGGAUGCUCCUGUUCCCUACCUGAUGGGGCUGCAGUCCAAGGAGGGAACCGACCGCUCCAAGCUGGAGCUGCCUCAGGAGGCAAACUUGUGCUUUGUAGACAUCGACAACCAUUUCAUCGAGCUGCCGGAGGAGUUCCCCCAGUUCCCCAACAAGCUGGAGUUUAUCCAGGAGAUCUCGGAGGUGCUCCUGCAGUUUGGGAUCCCACCGGAGGGCAACCUGCACUGCAGCGACAGCGCCACCAAACUCAAGAACCUGGUUCUUAGCGACUUGGUGAACGACAAGAAGAACGGGAACAUCCCCAGCAACGCACUCAACAUGUAUGAGCUGCUGAAGGGCAACGAGACGAUCGCCCGCCUGCAGGCCCUGGCCAAGAGAACGGGUGUGACAGUGGAAAAAAUGACCAUCACUGCGGAGAAGGAGAAGGAUGGGAAAUUGCCCUGUGAGGAGGUGGAGCUGAGGGACUACAAACUGAACGUGCAGCUCCGGGAGGUGUUCGCCAACCGCUUCACGCAGAUGUUCGCAGACUACGAGGCUUUCGUCAUUCAGGCAGCCCCCGACAUGGAGUCGUGGCUGACAAACAGGGAGCAAAUGCAAAACUUUGACAAAGCUUCCUUCCUUUCGGACCAACCCGAGCCUUAUCUCCCAUUCCUUUCACACUUCAUCGAAACACAGAUGUUUGCAACCUUCAUAGACAAUAAAAUAAUCUCCCAGUGGGAAGAGAAAGACCCUUUUCUACGAGUUUUUGACUCCCGAAUUGAGAAAAUACGGCUAUACAAUGUCAGGGCCCCUGCGCUGCGGACAUCCAACUAUCAGAAAUGCAGCACUUUGAAAGAAGCAGCCCAGUCCAUCGAGCAGCGGCUGAUGAAGAUCGAUCACACAGCCAUCCACCCACACUUACUUGAUAUGAAGAUUGGCCAAGGAAAAUAUGAACAAGGAUUUUUCCCAAAGUUGCAAUCAGAUGUCCUGGCAACGGGACCCACCAAUAACAACCGCUGGGCCAGCCGCAGCACCACGGCGCAGCGGAGGAAGGACCGUCUGCGGCAGCACUCGGAGCACAUCGGGCUGGACAACGACCUGAGGGAGAAAUACAUGCAAGAGGCAAGGAGUUUAGGAAAAAAUUUAAGGCAGCCCAAACUCUCAGACCUCUCUCCAGCUGUGAUUGCUCAAACCAACUGGAAAUUUGUGGAAGGGUUACUGAAGGAAUGUCGCAUGAAGACUAAACGCAUGUUGGUAGAGAAGAUGGGCCAUGAAGCAGUUGAGCUGGGUCAUGGAGAAGCCAACAUAACAGGUUUGGAGGAAAAUACAUUGAUUGCUAGCCUCUGUGAUCUGCUAGAAAGAAUCUGGAGCCAUGGUCUGCAGGUCAAGCAGGGGAAAUCUGCUUUGUGGUCCCAUUUACUUCAGUACCAGGAAAGAGAAGAGAAGCAAGAGCAUAAUGCAGAAUCCCCAGUUGCUGUUGGAACAGAAAGACGAAAGUCUGAUACAGGAAUUAGUCUGCCUACUCUGAGGGUUUCCCUGAUACAAGAUAUGAGGCAUGUUCAGAACAUGAGUGAGAUAAAGACUGAUGUGGGGCGAGCCCGAGCCUGGAUAAGGCUUUCUCUGGAGAAGAAGCUUUUGUCUCAGCACCUGAAGCAGCUGCUUUCCAACCAGGCACUUGCCAAGAAACUUUACAAGCGUUACGCUUUCCUGCGCUGUGAAGAAGAACGGGAACAGUUUCUGUAUCACCUGCUCUCCCUGAAUGCUGUGGAUUACUUCUGCUUCACAAGCGUCUUCACCACAAUCAUGAUCCCUUAUAGGUCAGUGAUAAUUCCCAUCAAAAAACUCAGCAAUGCAAUAACCACAUCAAACCCGUGGAUUUGUGUGUCAGGAGAACUAGGAGAAACAGGCAUAAUGCAGAUUCCUAAAAAUCACCUAGAAAUGACAUUUGAGUGCCAGAAUUUAGGAAAGCUGACGACCGUUCAGAUUGGUCAUGACAACUCAGGGCUGCUAGCCAAGUGGCUGGUUGAUUGUGUCAUGGUCAGGAAUGAAAUAACAGGACACACGUACAAGUUUCCCUGCGGGCGAUGGCUGGGAAAGGGCGUUGACGACGGCAGCUUGGAGCGAAUACUCAUUGGAGAGCUGGUGUCCUCCACCUCUGACGAAGAGCUGGGAAAACAGUGCCGUACCCCGCCCCAGCAGAAAUCUCCUACCAUGGCUCGACGACUGAGCAUCACUUCCCUCACAGGGAAGAACACCAAGCCUAAUGCGGGACAGAUCCAAGAGGGAAUCGGAGAAGCUGUGAACAAUAUUGUGAAGCACUUUCACAAGCCAGAGAAAGAGAGAGGGAGCCUCACCAUUCUGUUGUGUGGAGAAAAUGGUCUGGUCGCAGCACUGGAGCAGGUCUUCCACCAUGGAUUCAAAUCAGCUCGCAUUUUUCAUAAGAAUGUCUUCAUCUGGGAUUUCAUAGAGAAAGUUGUUGCUUAUUUUGAAACCAGUGACCAGAUUGGAGACAAUGAGGAGGCCCUUUUGCUUCAGAGAUCUUCAUGCAAAACCUUCUGUCAUUAUGUGAAUGCAAUCAAUACAGCUCCAAGAAACAUUGGAAAGGAUGGCAAAUUCCAAAUCCUGAUUUGUCUGGGGACAAGGGACCACUUGCUGUCUCAGUGGAUCCCGUUGCUGGCAGAGUGCCCACCCAUUACAAGGAUGUAUGAGGAGAACGCUCUCCUACGGGACCGUAUGACUGUCAACUCCCUUAUCCGAGUCCUACAGACAUUGCAAGAUUUCAACAUCAUCCUAGAAGGAUCGCUCAUUAAAGGAGUGGAUGUCUAGCAUGGCUUUGCUGAGAACUUCAUUAUUCCUUUCCCAAGCAAGCAAACCACAAUUGGAGACCUGUCAGGACUUGAACAUGAUGGUAGUGCACCACUGUAAAGCAAAGCUCUGCUGGGUGAAGCAGGAGUGGGAAGCCCAGUUUGUGCCCAAUGGGAACUGUCCUCUAAAGCUGCAGAAAGCUAAGAU